UGCACUCACUAAACUCUCACUGGCACUUCAGGCUUCUUCAACAUUUAGAGUCAGUGAGAAAGACACAAGACCUACUUCGGGAAGCAAGAUUGAGUAAAGGAGGCAUUCAAAUAAAAAAGCCUCACAACUUAUGUUUUUUUUCCUAGAUAGUGAAGAGUCUAGUCCUGCAUGGAAACAGAAGACAGUUGGUGAGGAACGACUUUUGAAGAGUCUCAAGACAUUUCUUGCACGGGAUUGAUCAGGAUAAAUCAUAAGCUGUUUUCUUUUUAUCGGAUUUUUCAUUUCUCGUUGACUCUUUGACCAUGAGGAACAUGUAUCUGCUGAGUCUGGGUCUUCUAUUGGCACUGACAGAGAACAUCAUGAUGAGGGAGAUCUGCGGCGUUGGAUUUAAAGCGAGAAGGGGAAAAUGCAUAGAUGCAGAUGAGUGUGAGUCUAUUCAGCCGCCCGUCUGUGGAGAAAAUGCAAUAUGCUCCAAUACAAUUGGAAGUUACUACUGUCAUUGUAACGGAGGGUUCGAACCAACUCACAAUUUCACACAAAUUGAUGGAAUCAAAUGCGAAGACAUCAAUGAAUGUGCGGAUGGAAGUGUUGUGUGCGGUCCCAAUGCAGAAUGUGUCAAUUCUGCUGGAGGUUAUUCAUGCACAUGUAAAAAUGGCUACAUUUCCAGUAAUGGAAAAGAGAUGUUUAUUACAGAAGACGGAGUUCAGUGUAUUGACAGAAAUGAAUGCGACGAUCCCGGUGUUUGUGGAAUAAAUGCAACGUGUCACAACACCCUCGGUUCACAUUACUGCACGUGUGCUGCGGGCUUCACACUGACGUCAGGAGAAACUAACUUCACUGAUUUAAAUGAACGCUGCAAGAGUGUAUGUGACAUUGAUGAAUCUAUCUGCGGAGAAGGAACCUGCACAAACAGUAAAGACGGCCAUGAGUGUGUGUGUAAGUCAGGAUUCACCAACUAUGGACACAAACAAAUGAAAUGCACAGAGCUUAAUUGCAACACAUCUAUAAGCGAGAGCAAAGGAUCCCAGGCAUCUCCAAAGCUAACAGAACUCGUCUCUCUGAUGACCAACACCUGUAUGGGACUGAGCGGGAGUGAGUCUGUCAGGAAGGAGCGUUUUACACAAGUGGAUGGAGAAAGACUUUUGGAGGCUUUUCUGAAAGCUUUAGAUGAUCUACUUCGCGGUGGCUUCCAAGGAAAUAACCAUGAAGUGUCGGCGCUGUUUAAUAUUGUGGAAAACAUGCUAAAACUGAUAGGACCUCUGCUGUCAGAAAGCCAGACCAAGAGAUCCGCCACUGAAACUGAGGUGGAGCUGUUGGUAAAAAGAGGCAGUUCUCCACCCGAGGGUGAUUUCAAUAUAUCCACCAGCAGUACACGGUUUGCAUCCCACUGGGACACAGCAACAGGAAAAACGUACCACGGCUUUACGACUGCAGCUCUCCUCACCUACAAAAGUCUGGGGAAUUAUCUCAACCAAUUUUUUAACCGUUUAGAGACACCAAAGCAGAAGUUCAAGAUCAAUUCAAAAGUGUUAACCGCCACCGUUAGCAAUGCAAAGACUGCCAAUCUGGAGACAUCAGUAACACUCACGUUUUCUCACUUGGAGAGAUCAGACAAGGAUCAUAUCUGUGUGUUUUGGGAUCCUGAGCUGGAAGGGGGCGCGUGGUCAAAGGAAGGCUGCACUACUAUGAGCUUAAGUGAUGCCCAGACCGUCUGCUCCUGUAAUCAUCUCAGCAGCUUCGCUGUGCUGAUGGCUCUCUAUGAUAUUGGGGAUGUAUACCAGCUGAGCCUGAUCACAUGGGUGGGCCUGCCGCUGUCUCUGGUCUGCCUCCUCAUCUGCAUUGCCACAUUUUACUUGGUGCGAUCUAUCCAGAGCACUCGCAACACCAUCCACCUGCACCUCUGCGUCAGCCUCUUCAUCGCCUACUUCGUGUUCCUCGUGGGCAUCGCCCGCACCGAGAAUAAGGUGGGCUGUGCUGUUGUUGCGGGUGUUCUGCACUAUUUCUUCCUGGCUUCGUUCUGCUGGAUGUGUCUGGAAGGAGUGCAGCUCUUCCGUAUGGUGGUGCUGGUCUUCAACACAACGCUGAGACCCAUCUAUAUGUUUGCCGCUGGUUAUGGAGUUCCCGCUGUUAUCGUUGCAAUUUCAGCCUCGGCGCAUGCAAGUGGAUACGGCACUGAUGGCUACUGCUGGCUCAACGUUGAAGACGGCUUCAUUUGGAGCUUUUACGGGCCAGUUUGUGCCAUAAUUAUUGUUAAUGUAUUCUUCUUCCUCAUAACAAUAUGGAAGCUGGCUGAAAAAUUUUCCUCCCUCAACCCAGACUUAAACAAUCUACGCAAAAUCAAGGCAUUUACGGUCACUGCGAUUGCUCAGCUGUGUGUCCUCGGCAUCAUGUGGGUGUUUGGCUGUUUUCAGUUUAAUAAGGACACUCUGGCAAUGUCAUACAUCUUCACUAUACUAAGCAGCCUCCAGGGGGUGCUGAUGUUCAUCAUGCAUUGCUGGCUCUCAAAACAAGUGAGAGAAGAGUACGCCAAAGUCCUGUCAUGUAUCUGUACACCACAGAAGAGGAAAUAUUCAGAGUUCGGCUCAAACCAAACAAGCAAAUCCCAGGCCUCCAGGAGUGUUCAGCACACUGGCGAAUCCCACAUUUAAGAGGCCAUGUCAACAGAUCAUCGACUUUAUUAUUCAUUUGCAAGUUGAAGUGCCAAAUUAUCUGCUUUCUAUGGACACCACAUCCAUUUUCUAUGGAUCUCACAUGUCAGCUAGGGGCGGGCGAUGUACCAGUAGACACAAUUAACCCGUCUCUAUCGCGGUUACGCACACGGGCCUUUCUGUACAGUCUCGAAAGCUUAUCGUCUGCAUACAUUUUUAAGCACUUAACACUUCAAGCGCUAUAAGCAAGUUUACUUUAUUUAUACAGCACAUUUUUACCACAGCCGCUGGCUGGCCAGAACAGCAGAAAUUAAAAUAAAAAAAUUAAAACGAAGUAGUACCUACGUAACGACACAAAUGAGCGCAACGUUAAAACAGGCGAAGCAAAGCAGGAUCAGACUUGAAUAUAAAAUGGUCAAACAGAAGUGAUAAAACAGUAUCAGACUCGAAUUUAAAAUGGAAAGAAUCACGAGUGGCAAAAACAGUAUCAGACUCAAUGGAAAAUCGGAAAACCAACCAACCAACCAACCAACCUUAAAAAUGGCAAUGGAAAACAUGUAUCUUUAGAAGUGACUUUACAGCAUUCUGGUAAGACUGUCUUUAAAACAACUGGAGUGAAACGUGUAGCUCGUCCUUUUUCCAUUUCUCGGCUUUUCUACUCGAUUGUCUUAGUUGACGUAUAUCCGUGUUCGGAUUUGGGUUUGGGUGUGUGAGGCUUAAGCCGAGCAGUUUCAUUUAGGGCAUUCAGCCGAGCAGAGUUUAAUAGACUGAGAUGUUCGUCGGCAAUCGGCAUCAAGGUCCAAUAGCGGUGAUGAAUCCAAAAACUAAUGUGUGCAGGAUUUCAUGAAGUGCUCUGUAAAAACCGAGCCAUUAGACCGAGACAAUGUUAAAACUACAGCGGUGCAAUGAGAAAGGCAGGGAAGAGAAGUAGAAAAUAACAUUGGCUUAUGGUCCGAAAGCAUAAAAUCAGAUAUAACAAUGUCACUAAUUUAGAUUAGAUUUAGAUUUAUUUGACCACUUAAAUAUAAAAAUAUGAAGAACAGUAAGAAACUGUUGCAUACAUUAAAAACAAAUACAAAAGUAGUCAGGGAUAAACACAAUAAAGCCCGAAGACUUAUUUCCAUUGUGGUCCCUUAUAAAGGCAGCGGAAGAAGUCAAGUGGCAACGCAUCACACAUCAAACAUUCACAUACAUAAACCAAAUUCAUACAUAUUAUACCACAAAAAAAAAAACAAAAAAAAACUUAGUAUUAUAAAAACUACAUUUGGCCCCUAAACCAUAAUUUUCACCCCAUAGGAAAGUACAAGAUCCAGAAUGUGACCCUGAAUGUAAGUAGUCAACUAUCCACUAGACUCAAUGAGGCUGAGGAACUCUUUUGAUUGAGUGUUCGAUUGACAGCAAACGUGAAUAUUAUAAUCAUCCACCAAGAAAAAGUCUGAGAGACUUAAAACGCGUACACAUAAAGCCGCUGCCAAAUAUGUCAAAUAUGCACACUUAUAUGUCAAAAGGCCCGUCUUUGCGAGUAUCCUCUUAAACACAGUCGUUUAUGACUUAGGUUAUCAGAAUAUUAGACCAGUCUGUUCUCUCUUAAAGUGACAGCAGCCUAAUAAACCUGAUUCGUUCUAUUGUAGUUCUAUUCUAGUGCUAUUAUCACUGAGAUGUUUACUUGUCUUCAGUGAGCUUGAGUUUUUUUUUAUUUUAUUUUUAUUUUUUUAAGUUAGUUUGUUUAUUUUACUUAUGUUAGUUAGGCUAGAAUUAGUUUUUUUAUGUGAUUUGUUUUUUUUUAAAUUGGUGAUGAGAUUUAUGAAAUUUAAAUUACAUUUUUAUAUCAUAAAAAAACUUUUUUUAGUGUGAUAUAUAUCAUUAUUGUGAAAUUAAAUUAUUCAUAUCAUAAGACUUUGGUCAUAUCACGCACACCUAUUGUCAACAAACCAUCGACUUUAUAAUUCAUUUGCAAGCUGAAGUAUCUCUAUAUCUGCUUUCUAUGGAAAUGAAAUGAUAAUGUAUUUGGGUGAUUCUUCAUUUAGGGAAACAUUUCUUUCCCUUAGGGUCAUUUGAAAAAAAAAAAAAAAAACAUGCCUUUAAAGAUU